AUGGAGUGCUUGCGCAACCAGUUCACUGAGGGCGUCGUAUUGGACGGCCGUUUUGAGACGCUCUCCGCUCUCAACCAUGGCUCCUUCGGCAUGGUCUUCAUGGCGAAGGACCUCAAGACUGGUGAGAACGUUGCGGUCAAGUGCCUGACCAAGACCUCGGAUCCCAACACUUGUCCCUCCGCCUUUGCCAUUGACGAGCGUUCCGAGGAACUCGUCAUCCACCGCCGCCUUUCCAACCAUCCCAACAUUGUCGACCUGGUUCACACCUUUGAGACAAAGAACCACGUUUACCUUGUUCUUGAGCUCUGCCCGAAUGGCGACCUUUACGAAGCCAUUCGCCUCGGCCGCGGCCCUCUCGAGACCGAGCAUGUCCGCGACUUCAUGUACCAGCUGAUUGAUGCUGUCGAGUUCAUGCACUCUAAUGGCAUCUACCACAGGGACAUCAAGCCCGAGAACAUCUUCCUGACUUCGGAGGGAGACAUGAAGCUUGGCGACUUUGGACUUGCGACGACCGACGAGCUGUCUUACGAGUCUGCUGUCGGCAGCGACCGCUACAUGGCGCCCGAGCAGUACGACUGCGGAGACAAUGCCUACUCUCCUGCCAAGGCUGACAUCUGGGCCGUUGGUAUCUGUCUGCUCAACGUCUUGUUCUCGCGCAACCCCUUCGCUACCCCGACCUUCUCGGACCCGUUGUUCGCCGACUUUGUCAGUGACAGGCAGUCUUUGUUCGACGUUUUCCCCAACAUGUCCCAGGACACCUACGAGGUCCUGGUCCACUGCCUGGCCAUUGAGCCCAACAACCGUUCUUUGUCCGCUACACGUAAGGCUCUUGGCCGCGUCAUCUCUUUCACCAUUGAUGACGAGUCGCUCGAUGAGUUCUGCGUCGAGGACUGCGAGGUCAUUGGAGCGACUGCCAACCGCGAGCCCCUCCGCACGCCUUCGGUCAGCACUGCUCAGCUCGAUGCCAACGGUGCUUUCCCUUGGGCCAAGGCUUUAGCUAUGACUCCUCCUCAGCCCGUCCGCCAGCUUUCCGCUAUCCCCGACGUGGAUACGUACUCGGAGGACCUGUUCCCGGCUUCCGAGCGUACCAGCGGCGACUGGUGCUCGAUCAAGCCCGAGACUUCUUCUAUCGUUUCCUUCGUCGAUUCUGGCUUGGGCAUCUCGCUCAAGUCGAACAACAAUGUUUCCCAGCCCCGUCCCAUCAACAGCAGAGCCUCGAGGCCUAUGCAGAUUCCUGGCUCCAUGCCCGCUAGGCCCAUGCCCAACUUGGGCUCUGUUCUUGAUGUCAAGAAGGACAUGGUCUCCAAGAGCUGGAGCGACUUGUGGGACGAGGAUGAAGAGGACGACGGCAGCGAGACCGAAAACGUUGUUCAGCAGAUGCUCGGCUUCAAGGACCGCGUCUGGAGCCACGAGACGGGCUCUGGUCGCACGACACCCCGCGCUGGUCUGUCGGAGCUCAAGGAUCCGGAAAACAUCAACAACAGCAGGAACCGCAGCCCCAUCACGCACCCCAAGGUCGACGACUACAUCAGCGAGCAGACCGGCUUCAUCUUUGAAGACCACCCGGCCAUGCCUCGCUCGUCAUCACCGAAGAGCCUCUUGUCGACACCGAAGAAGCAGCACCUCCCGGUGAAGCGGACUCCUGUUGACAAGCGCGAGAAGAUGAACAAUGUGGACAAAUGGGCUGCUCUGGGCAACCGCAGACGGGCCCCGCUGGCUUCGGAGAGGGAGAAGCCGGCUCCGGCUAUGCCGGCGUCUUCUCCUACUCUCGACAGGAAGCGCAGCAGGGCGUACAGCAACAAUUGGAGGCGCAACAUGGGAACAGGAUUCGGCGGACACUACUCUACUUCGGCUCAUCAUGGAUUUGAACACGGCGUUGGACAUCACGGCAAGGGACAUCAGGAUUGGAGGAACAAGGAUUGGCGCCAGCACCCCGUCGUGCACACAGGCGACGAUGACAUCGGCGACCUUGAACACUCGGACACUGACUGCCUGGGCACUGCCCGUUUGGCCCGUGGACUGUGGACUGUGGACCAUGGUCUGUGGUAUGAGUAG